AAAAACGAUGCCUUUGAAAUAUAUGGUUGAUGCAGGGCAGCCCAGCCCAGCCCAUUAAUACGAAUACGCAAACAUACACCGGUUGGGUCCGAGCGAACCAGUACGGUCCAUUUGAAUCGGUCAUAGAAUUUUUCAUCCUUGUUUACAUCUGAGAACGCUGAAGGAAUUGAGAGAACAAGAGAGCGUGGUAACAAACAAACAAACAAACCCUAGAACCCAAAUCAGAUUGCGACCAACAUUUGAAUCAAAUCAAACCACCGUAUCUCACCAUGGAAUCCGCCGCUAGAAGAAGAGGAGGAGGCGUUUUCGAAGGCCUUUACAAGGUCCUCAUGCGCCGCAACUCUGUCUACGUUACCUUCGUCAUCGCCGGCGCUUUCCUCGGAGAACGAGCUGUUGAUUACGGAGUUCACAAGUUAUGGGAAAGCAAUAACGUUGGGAAACGGUAUGAAGACAUUUCCGUGCUAGGACAAAGGCCAGUUGACGAGUGACUCGUCCAACCAUCUUGUUAGCCAUUUUGAAGUUUUCAUUAUAUUCUUGGAAAAAUGAAGUGACCAUUAUGAGCUGGAAGUAUUUUCCAUUUUGUAAUAAGUGCAUAUGUUUGUCUCUGCUGGGCUUAAGUCGUGCAUGGUUUCAUUUACUGUCUGUUGGAAAUAUAAAAUAUUGAACUGCUGCAACUUUCUUUUUCUUUUUUCAAGUGACUUAUCCCAAAUAUUGGAUUAUGAAAAAAUCACUUGCUUAUAAAGUUAAAGUAGCUCUUAUUUUUGUGAUA